CAACCCCAACCCCUCCCUUUUCCCGCCCUUCUCCAGAAGAUUCCCUCGUCCUUUGCCUUCCUCCGCCACCGCCGCCGCCGCCGCCGCCGCCGGCGGCGGCGGCGAAGGAAGAGAGUGAGGGGAGGAUGGGGAGCCGGGAGUGGCCGCUGCCUCGCCUGUACGAGCUCUUCCUCGAGCGCGACCGGUGGCCGCCGGAGGCCAGGUUCAUCGAAGCCGCCCACCACGGCGACGUCCUCGAGAUCAAGAAGAUUGCAAAGGAGCUGGAUGUGGAGGGGCAUGGGAUCCCGGUGACGGUGGCCAACACCACCUACAUGGGCAUGAACGCCCUCCACGCCGCCGGUGGACUCGGCAGGCUGCCAGUCUACCGGUACCUCGUGGAGGAGGUCAAGAUGGACAUCCACAAGCCUGACACCCUUGUUGAUUUUACGCCCGUGGAGCAUGCUGUCAAACAUGGCCACCUCCCUGCCAUCAAGUACCUUCUUGACCAUGGUGCUGAUCUGCAUCUGCAACGCGGAGAUGGCACUCUUCUUCAUUCAGCUACAUCUCGUGGGCAAUCUGAAAUAGUAAAGUUUCUCCUUUCUAAAGGAGCUGAUGUUGAUGCAAUAUCAGAUCUUGGGACACCACUCCUUCUUGCUGCUCUUAAAGGACAUCCUAGUACUCUCAAGAUCCUUUUGCAGCACGGUGCAGAUCCCAACAAGGUUGCUGGUCUGUUUGGAAUUAUAGACGUGGCAUUACACAAAUCUUCUGUGUCCUGUGUGAAGCUAUUGAUUCAGGGUGGAGCUAAUGUGAGCGGUAUUAAUCAUUUGGCAAAGGCUGCAGAGAAGGGCUUAACUGAAGCUAUUAAGUGCUUGUUGGAAGCUGGUGCAAACCCAAAUGUUGUUGACAGGUUUGGUAGAUUGCCAAUAGAGUUGGCUGUUGAGUAUGGUACACGGGAAGAUGUCGAGAUUCUCUUUCCUUUCACCUCUCCCAUUUCAACUGUGGCCCAUUGGAGCGUUGAUGGAAUCAUUAGUCAUGUGCAGAUGGAAAUCAAGCAACUUGAGUUCUACGACUGUUUUUGGGCAACAAAGUUUCAGUAGCUAGAGGGGGAAAGCAGCUUUCAAGCUUUGUUGGUUCACAUUUGACUGAGCAAACAUUCGGAACGCGAAGAAUUACUAUUAUCAGUUACCAUAAGUUGGUAGUCAUGAAUGCUCGUUUAGGUAGGUGUAAACUGCUUUUAACAGCUUGAAGCAAAACAAGGACAGAUAUCUCAGAAACCAAUCCUGGCGCUGAAGGAAGGCCAGAUAUAUAACAACAAAGGGAAAAGAUCCUCUUGUCUGUACCAUGAACUGCAGCUGUAUGAAGAAGAGUGAGGGUGGAACGUUCCUGGUGCAGAUCGGCGCCGUGGUCAAGAAGGUACCUGACGGCAGGGAGGUGUCCAUUCUGGACAGCAUACUCCAAGGGCGUAAAACCUAGAAGCCAGUUGAUGGUUAAGUCAUAAAUUAGACCCAUUUUCUCACAUUGUAGUAAGUACCCACCAUGUAGUGAUCUAAACGAUCUGAUAUUUCUUCACAGAGGGAGUACAUUUUAUCUAAGACGAGAAAGGAAAUGGACGUGUUCAUUAGCACA